UGCACCACACUCUCGAUCCCGGACGCCGGCCGUUUUUACCGCGGUCACCGCUUUCAAUGAAAUGCGCGAGUGACAGUUUCUGUUAAUUGCCCGUAUUAUACUCCGUGCGAAAACCCCAGAGUCGGUGACAGCUUCGGCAAGGCAUCUCUGCAGUGAACGUUCUGCGGCUGAGUUCUGUCUCGUGCCGCCGGCCUGCUCGGUGGGAGUCGAAAAAUCAAUCGAACAGUGGAAGACGGCUAGGCCUAUAUGUGCGACGUCUCGUUGCUAGUUGUUCCGUGAAUCUGAUGGCCAGAAAGUGUGCGCGAGGUCGGCCGGUGCCUUGUGGCAGUGCGGUAGUGGUGUGGUAGGGGUGUAGCCGCGCGGGUGCAAGAUGGGUGAAACAUGGCACACAUGAAGAGGAACGCUGCUCGGCCGUGAGUGGGUUGUCGUGCUUGUAGCGGUGUCUACGGGUUCACUUUGUUUUGUUUUUUUAAUGUGGUUGAACGUGCAAGGUGUGACGAGAUACAAAGGUGUGACGCGAUGAGCGCAACAGUAGUUUCGCGCUUCGAGUGCGAGCUUCCGUUUGACAGCCAUGCCGAAAAGGUUCUUCAAACUGGGCCGUUUGAGACGAAGAUCGCUCGCUAGGAAACAGGGAUCCGCAGAUUCCAAUUACAGCCAGCCAUCUUCAGACUUGUCACUGGAUGAAGAACGCGAGGCACUGCGGCGUGAAACUGAAAGACAAGCAUUGGCGCAAUUGGAAAAAGCAAGAACGAAGCCGGUGGCCUUUGCGGUUCGCACUAACGUGGAGUACAAUGCUAAGAUAGACGACGACUCUCCCGUCCACGGCUGUGCCGUCUCGUUUCACGUCAAAGAUUUCUUACACAUAAAGGAGAAAUACAACAACGACUGGUGGAUCGGACGCCUAGUGAAGACUGGUUGCGACGUGGGCUUCAUUCCUAGUCCUGUAAAACUAGAGAAUUUGCGCCUGCAACAAACGCAGACACGGAGUACUAAACUUCACUCAAGCAAGACAAGCUCAUCUAGUAAUAUAGGAGGUUUAUCGAAUGAAGUUCUGUCCAAUUCAAAGUCUUCAAAUUCAAGAGGGUCCACGCCUCCGACUCCUGAUCAAAAUGGCCUGGAGAGCAACAUAGGUGAAGACAGUGACAGUCCAAGCAAUUCGAAAUUGGGCAAGGGGGGGAGCAUCACUACGCCACCUGCCAAGGAGAAGCGGAAGCCUUUCUUCAAAAAGUCCGAGAACAUUCCUCCGUACGACGUAGUGCCUUCCAUGCGCCCCGUAGUCCUAGUGGGCCCUUCACUCAAGGGCUACGAGGUGACGGACAUGAUGCAGAAAGCUCUCUUCGAUUUCCUCAAGCACCGCUUUGAAGGAAGGAUCAUCAUUACACGAGUGACGGCAGACAUAUCAUUGGCUAAAAGAUCGUUACUUAACAACCCUGGCAAACGGGCCAUCAUGGAGCGCACCAACAGCAGGUCUGCCUGCCUAGCUGAAGUGCAGGCUGAAAUUGAGCGCAUCUUUGAACUGGCCCGGACGCUGCAGUUAGUUGUCCUAGACUGUGAUACCAUCAACCACCCCUCCCAGUUGGCCAAGACAUCUCUAGCUCCCAUCAUAGUCUACGUUAAGAUUUCUUCGCCCAAGGUACUUCAGCGUCUAAUAAAGUCUCGCGGAAAAUCUCAGAGUCGGAAUCUCAAUGUACAGAUGGUAGCAGCAGAAAAAUUGGCAGUGUGUGCUCCCGAGCUGUUUGAUGUAAUCUUGGACGAGAACCAGCUGGAAGAAGCCUGUGGGCACCUGGCCGAAUUCUUAGACGAGUACUGGGCCGCAACGCAUCCACCAACGGUAGCCAGGGAGUCUGGAAGUCCCAUGGCCCUCGGUGGACGCCCUAUCAGCCCGGCGGCGACCGCCGCCGAGGGCGCCGGCGGUGUGGCGCCUGGAAGCACUGGGCUGGUACGGCAUGCGGUGGCGUCGCCCGUGCCUCCCCCAAUGCGAAGCAGAAGCGAACGUCGUGGCCGUCAGCCCGGAGAGAUGUCGUCACCGGAGAUGGACCUUCCUAUGGAAUACCACAGCCACGAAUACAGAGGACGCGAUUCAUACCCAGAGCAGCGACUACCGGCUGAUUACUACGGACCCGCGUCCUCGACGCCCUACCGGCGUGACUAUGCACAGUGGGACGACGCCCCAGACCCAUAUCUGGAUGACGACUACGACCCAGUGCAUCAUCACCAUCACCCCCACCACCAUCACGUGAACCCCGUAAACUAUGGUGCGGAACGGGAUGACCGGGAUCGUGAUCGGGGGGACUAUGCUCCUUCCUUGCACAGGGGACAAAAGUACCCAGUGAACGCGCUCUAGCGACGGCUCAACAACGGGUCGCUCAUUUCUUCUACCCUCCUUUUUUUUUUUUUCUUGGGCCGUUCCGUGCUGUGGUGGCACGAGACGUGCGGUGAGCUUGCUGGCAUUGCGGGGGUCUGUGAUCGGACCGGAAGGGUUGUCACGCUUACGUAUACCCUGCUGCCUAUUUGCUAUAGCUUAGCGACAGCCUCGGUUUUCUUUUCUGGAACAUGAAGGUCUGGUGUGAUCUACGCCAUGAGGAGAUUUGGAAUGUGGUUUACUCAGAGGUGUAGCGGGAGCCGAACCACACAAGGACGGCCAUAACCCCUGGGUGACAGACGUCGAGACCGGUCACUUUGCGUAGUGCACAGCAGGUAUUACUAAAGGGCCACCAGUGUCCAAUCGAGAUGGUGUUCGUAAUGUAAGGUGUGUACUUAGUGCGAGUAAAAGAAUGAAAAUUUAAGCGAAGUAUGGACACGCGAAAGGGGAGGUCGAUUUUAGUAAAGGCAGCACUUUUUCGACUAAAGCAACUGUAUAUUUUCGUACCGGCUCUGUUUCCCUUGUCACAGGCGCAUCGUAAUUAAUUCAGGAUCCCCAAGAGCAUUAUUUUGCGUUGUAGAAACCUGUGUCCUGGAUAGAUGGGCUUCACAUCUUAUAUCGUCCCUGGUGUGCGAAUGAGUGCGCUUGACUCGCUUUUGUUGCCAUGGAAACUGCGCCGCCAACUGGCACACGCGCUGUCACUGUUUGCCCUUAAUGUUCUGCAGCGCUUCCGAGUGGGAAUAACCCCAGAAAUGACAGUUGGAAGUGUUGGAACGCCACAGUGCAUGGGUUCCUUUGCAGUAUGGGUUCCUGUCCAAUGUUACAAUGGCCCUUGAACUCAUGCUGGUUAACGAUUCUCACCCUGGUCAAAUGAUAAGCUGCCUUUGCAUUGGGGACUUAUGUCUCGCAUUAUAAAGCGCCGCUGAAUAUGAGAAUCCAGUAUCAAACAAACUGUGAUUGACUGGUCUGGCUAUUUGAGAAAGCUCCCCUGGAUCUCGAAUUGGCUAUCCCGGAAACGACUGAAAUAAGUUCUUGCCCUAUAAUAUAGACCUCUGUAUGAAGGGAACUGAAGCAAUCAUAAUGUAGUUUUGGCCGUACAGACUUGUGGAUAAAUUGAACUUAACUCCCAGUGGUUUGACUACGCACUGUCUGCAGACUGUCCUUGUGUGGUAAGGUUCCUGUCUGUUCUGGAGCGAAUAAGUCAGGGACUAUAAGCAGGAAGGCUGUCAGAAGAACUGCUGUUGGAAACUUGUGCAGCGAAUCCUUUCUGCAGUGCAGCGAAUCCUCCUAUUGCAGUUUUUGAGCGUGCCUGACCUUUUUCAUUUUUUUUCUUAGGAAAUGACAUGUGUUGUUGCUUCGAUACUUAAUAACAAAAAUCCUAUUUGCCCGUGUUUCUUUGAUGAGGCUAACUGGAAUGCACACGGAGUUUUCCUACGGAAGGCACGCCAUUAAAACAGUUAGGAGAGAACGCUGUAAGGUAUUGGGUACUACUCUGCUGUCGAUACGAUAGGUUUCUGCUUUUAUUGGCACGUACUCUGCUCUCAUGUCGAGAAGGAAACCAGCUGAAUACGGAACGCCGAAGCCCCGUUGCAAUUUGUGGGGUUAUUAAUUUUACUUUGUGUGUCUGUGUGACCCUCAAAUUUUGUUUUUCUGUGAGGGCAACUCCAGAAAUUUUAGUCUUUAGCAGUUUGAAGAGAGACAGUCCAAAAAGCUUCCUCCCCUUAUGCCAGAAAAUGUGGGCCGUUUGAAUUUGGAAGGGCGCUCUCUGUUGUUCCUGACGUUGACUAUGUUCGUUCGAUGUUUCCUGGUUUGAAAUUACCUAAGCAACUAUGCCGAGUUUGUUACAAUACGAAUUAUAUGUGGACGUUUGUCGCAGUUUAUUGACACAGUGAGAAAAAAGAAAGUUCAACCAUCUUCAACGGAAUGUUUUAUUUUCUAGUCUUUUACGCGCCUUCUGUUUUCUGUUCGAGUGUUAUUUGCAACGACAAGAGACGUGAAGUUAUGAAAAGUUUCUCAUGCACUUGGAAUAUUCGGGAGUCACUAGAUAGCCAAGAGAGUACCCAGCUUCUCCGACAAGUAGAUCAACGACAUUUUGUUUCCGGUAUUGUCAUACGAUUUCCCAUUGAGUCUGUCUGCACGUGGAAGAGGAAUAGGUUCCCGCAAAUACAAGCGCGGUUAUUUUAUUUAACGCUUUAUUGCAAGACUGGCAGUACCCAGAAAUACGAGGCCAAACAACCUGUCCCCCGCCAGAUGGCGUAAGGUAAUAGGACACAAGAUGGCGUGGAUCUCAUCGCUGUGGUUGUCUGAGCGCUCUCUGCUCUAUGGGGUGACACUCCGUAUAAGCAGUAUCCCAGGUUGGAAGCGUUUCUGUUUCAUCUGAUAACUGUUGUUCUGCUUUUGGAAAGCUUUACUUUCUCGACGUCGCAGCCCUUAAGCUUCAACGUAUUUCCAAGCAGAGCCAAGCAAGCGUCACCAUUGUUGCCAAAUUCCCCCAGCAGUCUCAGAAAACCGUAGUUCUAUCACGACGCACACAGGAUCCGUGCGAGAUGCAUGGAAUGGAUGGUCUUCUAAUUUUCAUACACACCCUUAUUAUGCUCGCCUACCAUACUGUAUCAUGCAGUCAGGUAUAGUUUGAUAGAUUUUUGGCCGCUUCUAGACAAGGAACACCGCCGCUCGCGUACCAGGAUGGGGUCUUGGGAUUUGGAGGUCUUAAGCAUUGCUCAGCUAGUUCAGUUAACGAACGAAUGGUUGCCAGUACGACUUCCGGUCAUACAAGCUGAAAUUUAUUUUACGCGUAACAAGACCAAAGUAAGUCGUCAGAGGAUUCCGCAUUACUAGCUUUUGCAUGCAACAUUUACACAGAAAUACACCCUAAGGUCAAUCGAGGUGUCUACCAUCUUUCAACCUCAAUGCUUACAUGCUUUAAGUUAUAAAUUGGAUGGGAUUUCUUUUUCCUUCUGUCUCUCCGCCACUUCAUUUUAACACUGACAGAAACUGGACGGGUUAGUCGUCAAGGUUAUUUAGUUCGCCAACCACUUUAUCUGCUCGUUAUCAGCAGUACUUCAGUAUUCCCGUGCGCAAUCGCAGCACUCUUUCUUUCCAAACAUCAUGCGUGUACACAUGAACGACAUUGCCGAGAAUACUCCAGCGGAAGAUGCGUAAAACGUCAUAGCUUUCUGCUGUCACGUGACCGCGGAUGCAGCCACAAGAUAUUCCGUAGCAGACGACGGGAUCCAUGGUGUCGUCUGCCAUGUGCGUAGUACGCCACUACCGAUACACAAGGGGCGCGCGGAUGCUCGAUGAUAAGACGCGGGAUGUUGUCCGCCGUCCGUGAGCAGUCUUCUGCUUUUUCUUCCACGAGAAUAUUCCUCGUGGAUGUCGCUCGUGUGAAUACGCGACUCCUCACUGACAUUACGGCGCGAUAUCUUCCUUUCUACUUAAUAAAAAACAUGUCAGGAAAAAUACAUACAGCGCUGUCGUUCUCCAGACAUAAUGUUGCUGUGACGUACACAAAGCUUCGAUAAAAUAGCUCAGCUCUUCAGCUUGUUUGACAGGAAGCGCUGGAUUCCUCAAACACAUUCUGCAACCUCCAUAAGAAAACAGGAACACAACAAUUCAAAAGAAAUCGCAUCAUUCUCGUUUUCUCUCAGCUCAAGAGACGCUGGAUCAUUUUACGUUUGUUCAGCUUUCUAGGACGAAGCAGCACAUAGUCAUGGCCAUUUAACCUUAUACUUCGACCUUCCGCAUCCCAGAGACAGCUUUUUCAAGAACAAAUUGUAACAUAACGCUAGUUUGGGUCGCAAACUAAAGGCGUAGUCUCUAUCUUGUCUCUCUCAAGGCACAAACCUUCCAGUCACCUGACGACUCGUCUAAAUCGCACUUCGUCACAUCUUCUGAGUUAGCCUUUCAAUAGCGGGUUCUCCGAUCAUUCGUGGCUGUCGAAUGCCGGUACCUUAUAGCUUCACUUGGCGUAUUUCUCUAUAAAAAAAUAAAAGUGAGAAGACUGCAGUAUAGCUUUCUACUGGUGUGAUACGCAUUUUAAAUUUUUUGUGCUGCUAACGCUUGACGUGGUGUCAUGUUCUUGUGAGUGCGUUGAUGCGAGCAAGUUGGCUUUGGGUCAUAACGUGUGGCGUUAGCUGCAGACGAGACAAGGGACAAACAGAACUGUUCGUGAACUGUGUUUGUCGCUCUCUCGUUUACAGCUAAUGCCACGAAUUAUUAUGUCACGUUUGUUGUUGGAACUCAUUGCGAGAAAUUCAUCGGUAUUUCUUUUCUUCUUUUUUUAGUAUUGAUCUCGGUUGGCACUUUCUUAAUAAGGGAAUAGCUAGGUUUUACCGUUCUUUUACGUCGCGUCAGACUGCAAGUCAGGAUCAUUCAGAGCGCUGACAAGUUGGUCACUUGCCGUCGCUUGGACUGAACGCACGGCAUUGUAACGGGGCAGGCACUACUAACGUUGACGUUUCGCGUCCAGGUGCCAGAAAAAAAUUAAAUGUAACAACUGGUUAGGUACGCGUCACUUACUUAACAUAACGGGUCGUGCACGAAGGAGAUGAAGACGGGAAAAAAAACAAGGGAAAGCUUCGUCGACAUUCUUUCUUUUUCUCUCCUUUUAUUUUUCUUCCUCAGCGAUGUUUAUUCCGUAGUGCUGUCAUACCAUAUUGCUAUGACUUUAGAAACGGACGCUUUUUGGUGUGACUCAGUUUCCAAGCACAUUACACCACUUGGGCUACAGCAGCAUCGUAGCUGUGUACAUAUAUUAAAUUAUUGCUCUGUGUAAAUAAAACAUGGAGAUAAUGCCCACAUACACACAAACACUUGUUACAUUGAAGCUGCCUUAUAACACUAAUUGAGAAAAAACAAAAUGCUCAUGCUACACGGUACAUUAGAAAGCAGUUUUGAUAACUCCAAGCUCUCGUCAUUUCUUUUCCCGAUACAUCUUCUCUACCCUCGGAUAGGAUGCCUAUGAAGUAGUUUUGUCUUCAAGCACCGCCAGUAGAUCGCCUUAGUUUCCAUUUUCAUGUAAAGUAAUAUACAUUGAGCAACCCGUGCGUAGCUUUUUUCCAAGUUCCAGCAGUACGUAGAGAGAGAGAGAGUGUGUGUACGGAAGGUUUCUUUCCGUAAAACAAACAAAAAAUAUUAGUCGCGCCUCCUCUCCGGAGGAUGUAAUAAAUUAUUUUUCCAAGAGUGGGUGAGCUUCAUCGCACAUUAUGUGUACCUAAUCGUACGUCGCAUUACAGUCUGUAUAUAAUGUACAUUAAACGUGUGCAUGUGUGGCCGGAAAAAAAGUGUGAUUCUGUGUACCCAACAACAGUUCCCGUGUCCUUCGUAUUUUCUAUGUUUUUCUCUCUCUUUUCUUUUUUUUUCCUGCACAGCAACGUUUAUCUGCAUUUCCGUCUGAGUAAUUUUUGUUCCUUGCCUGUCAGCUCAGUGAGAUAUAUAUGUAUAACACAGAAGAUUGUGAAUUUCAGGUUGUGACAUACUUAAGGCUGUUAAACAUUUCAGUUUCUGUUUAGGGGAAAUAGUACAAGAGCAAGCAUUUCGAGGACUAUUUCAACCUCAAUUUCGUCCUCGUAUUUUGUGGCUUCGAUUGAGACCCAAAUUAAGUUCCUGUGACAUGGAAUAGUCACACAAAAACAAAAAGAGAAAAGAAGAGGUAUACACUCUCAUUGUGCACGCGAUUUUCGAAAAGCUCGGACACUGUGCUGCAAAAGGCAAUGUGCGUGAAAAAUUACUCGGGAGAAAGAAAAAAAAGUAACAACGUAGCAUGGCGUUAAAGUUGAGCAUGCGUUUACUAUGCAUGUAAACAUUGCAGUUGAUAUUUUUAAAAAUUUCGUACAAGAUGGCUUCAAUUUAGACGGCUAUUCGUAAAUGGAAAACCAGUUUGCCCCCCUGAGUAGUUAUUAUUUCCUCAGCUGAGUGUACUAUUUCCUCUUAAUUAAUUUAUUUUUUCUUUCGCUGAGGUACAUCUCAGCACUUGCUGUUGCUUCCUAUGGGCAGUUUGGGCGUUACAUUUUGUUCGACAGAAGGAGCGUGGUUCUCCGUUUACGCGCUGUAUUUCAAGGCAUUUAAGAUCUGUUGGCAUCGGAUAUGUGCACCAUAAACCAUCCCCAUUUCAUGCUAGAAUACUCGUCUCUGUGUUUUUUUGUUCCUUAUGUACUGCGAGUUCCUUUUUGAACGGAGCUCGUUUGCUUUCUUCGUGAGUCCUAAACAGCACACGCAUGCAAUAUAUCCGUACCUGCAUUUUUCACGAUACAAGGUUAUACCUGCGCUUUCUAGCAUUACCCGUUUGAGUAGGUAGUAAAUAAUGAGACGGUCACAUUUAUAGCCCCUAGAUGCUAGGGGCCGCUAGGCACUUGACGAGGGAAUGUUCACGAGGGACUGCGAUACACGGACCCACCUUAGCCUAUUCGGAUUAGAAAAAAGCUGAAUCUAUGCAGCUAUGUAGCUGUCAUCUCGCAAAGCAGUAAAAUGAAGUAUUGGGUUCAAAUUGUUCAGUUCCUCUCUCCUCCACCUUUUUUGUGCAGUAAUAAAAAACUUGCUCCAGGUUUGUUAUCUUUUGUGUGCCAUUACUCACUAAGUUAUUUGUUGCAACAGGAACAAAAAAAAAACAAUGUCAGGGGACCGGAUGAUGAGUUAGAUGGAACUAGUAACGGUUAGAACCAUUUAAAGAAAUAUUUGAACAAGACUUUCUUGUACACUCUACAGUUCGGCAGGUUGACCAUUUCAAGAGAAGUGUUUGUUUCAAGUGCAGUGUUUCUUACCGUCACUAGUCCUUUCUAAGUUGUUUGUGUAUAUUUUGCGCACAUUGAUUUCUGCAACUAUUGGCAAUCCUGCUCCGUCUCAACAUAAAUGCUGGAUCUAAGCCUUCGCAUUCGAUUAUGUGUUGCACGAAUCAAAGCCACAACGGUGUUGCAUGUUCCGAUCGAAGCAGUUAUAUCAUUUGUCUCGGAUCCUUGUCAAUAAUAUGCCAUGGCCACACGAGGCCUCCACCGCUGAUAUCAUCAGAUAAAAGUUGAAUUCCAAGUGUUAGACGGCCAUUAUGGCAUUUUGGGGCUGUAAAUGUGAUCCGUAUGUGUCGCUUACAACAAAAUGACUGCGAAAUUGGAAUCUUGGCUCUCUUAUAGUUCGCAAAAUAGCCAAAGCAAUCCAAGCCAAUCAUGCAACUUAUAAUUCCAGGUUUCUCUUUGACAGCAGUUUGAAUUGACCAUCCUCAUGUUGUAGAACUGUCGCAUCUGAAACUAUAUGCAAAUGUACUAGUGGUUUUAGGUGUUUUUGUGCAGGGACCAUAUGAGAUGCUGUUUCUUUGUCCACAGGCGAAAUGCUUUUGAUCCUCUGAUUUGUACAUUGUCCGGUUAGGCGUGCACACAUAAUGUGUAAGGACACAGCUUGUAUAUGCAGAGUGCUGGGGAUGUUCGUGGUUGUGUUAAACCAUGUUUCUGCUUUCGUCUGGGUUCAUCAAAAGGUUGCUGCACGGAAGUGCACCAUGUCGACCGUUUUGCGAACAACAGAGUUCCCUAAGCUUCGGAGAUCCGUUACGGCGGUUUUGUAUGCGCAGCAACGAGGUACUGUUGGGGACACGGUUGUCUAAAAUCUCCCGAAUCCCCUAGCCCGAACAGUCCCCUAUCGGCGACGUCGCGCGCGGAGGAACUAUACCAUUACAGUCUCCGAGGUAAGGCCACGCAGCGCCACCUGUCGGGAGAGAGUACCAUCGCAUUCUCAGCGUCGUCUGCUAGGGAGAGCAGUUCAGCGCGGCCUCCCCUCGGAGAGGGUAUUGGUAUAGUUCCUUCGUUCGCAACAUCGCCGAUAGGGGAUCGCUCCGCCACGGGCUGGAGAUUUUAGACAACCACGUCCCCAACAGUACAAGCUUUUCGCAAAACUGUUGACACACAUACACACGUGUUUCCGCGUCGUAUCGCAAAGGCAGCGCCAUCGGCAUCGAAUUCAUUCUUGAUAUCAUUCGCCCUUCGACUGUUUCGACCUCACAAAACUCUCAUCCGUCAUCAUCAUCAUUCGGUGUAUUUCCAAGCGGCUUUGAGUUACGAAUCGCCUGCUUAAACGCGAGUGAUUUUGAGCAGUAACGCGUCUCUGUCGCCUCAUUCGGAACUAUUGUAAUGUUUAAACUUUGAUGCUGUGCCGAUGUUGUAGAAGAACCGGAUUUGUGCGCGCUUUAUGACAUAUUUGUUUUCGCUGCAGCGCUCCCGGAACUCUCAUGCUUAAGCUACCGUCUGUAAAGAUUUGCGCAGAACACUCGUCAGCUAUUUCUAGUUGCACUUAUAAUUUGCGGUAAUCGUUGCGCAAACCAUAAAAUGAACAAAAUGAACACGAAAUGAAGAUGAAAUGAACUGAUAUAAGGCACCUAUUGUAGGAUCGCGCCUAAAUCAGACGAUUGGCUGAUGUACUUCGUAGCAGACGUGCAGGCGCAGCGUCAUCGUUUCUAUGGCAACUUCUACAUCUCUGAGAAGCGCGGAUGCGUGCAAAAGGAAAAUAACUAAAUCAUACGAAAUAUGUUUUUCACAGCGUAUUCAGUUGUGCUACAGUCUGGUUCUGCUUUGAAGUAGACCUAAAAAUGUUGGAUGGUGCACCAAUGUGUGAAUAUAUGCAUGGGAAGAGAAUGAGCUCCCAACAGGGGCAUUUGUACAUUAUAGGUCUUUUGAACGGUUGUGAGGUGAAACUGUUAUUGAACGCUGUUGUAGACCAGUAGCAUUCUUCUAGGCUCUCGCUUCCAAAGCUUUGUACAUAUGUAAACUCCAGGCUCUUUAACAGAUGAACUAUUUCCCUAUAUAUACCACAGAACAUUUUCUACUUCUUCCCUUCAGUUUCAAGGCAACUUCUGGCACGUACACGCGCAUUGUGUGCUCUGCCGGGAGAUCUGUACUUUCAAUCUUGAACAAAGCGUUUUCAUAAGCUCGCGAGGGGUGUACAUACAUGUGCAUACAUGUAUCUCGCAUACAUGUAUACACAUGUUCAUGUAUAUCGUAUAUAUAUUUGAGCCAACCUCCACGUUUGUAAAUAAAGAUGAUACAGCUGACA